GGCGGUACGUGCCUCGUCACGUGACUGGCCGUCUCGCCGCUUGCAGCCCGUCCUGCGCACGCACGGAGCCGGUUGCCUGGUUACAGAAGGACGCGCACGAGACUCGCACGAAAAAAAAAACCCAGCCGGGACACGAUGAGUGAGGAAAAGCCAGAGAAAACUCUGAUGGAUGAAAGCGCCUUUGAGGCCCUGGAGAAAGACUUCCAGGAGGUGCUGAAUGAGCUGACAGGAGACAAGAGUCUGGAGAGGUUCAGGAUCGAGUACGAGAAGCUCCAUGGAGUCCUGAAGAAAUCCUUUGACAAUGAAAAGCGCUUGAUGAGCAAAUGCCGCGAGCUGAACGCAGAGAUCGUGGCCAACUCCGCCAAAGUGGCUACCGCCCUGAAGCUGUCACAGGAAGAUCAGACCACCAUCGCAUCCCUGAAGAAGGAGAUAGAAAAGGCUUGGAAGAUGGUGGACACAGCUUACGGGAAGGAACAGAAAGCAAAGGAAACCAUCCAGUCCCUUAAGGAGGAAAUCAACAAUCUGACAAAACUGGUGGAGCAAGGAGCUGGAUUAUCUGUAGGACAAGAACACAGUCUAAAUGAUCUACUAAACAUCAAGGAGGAACUGUCUAAAGAGAGAGACCAGCUCCUUACUGAGGUGGUGAAGCUACGUGAGAGCCUCAUGCAGGCAGCCAGUCAACAACAGGAGACCGAGAGGCUAAAAGAGGAGGCUGAACAGAAUAUAGCACAGUUCCAACAAGAAAUCCAAGUACGUCAGAAUGAAGCUUCACGGGAAGCUCGCAAGAAGGAAAAAUUGGAGAAAGAUCUCAGGACGACCCAAACUGAGCUGGACAGUAAGCAGGCGGAGAUCAGAACCUUACAGCAGACACUGCAGAAAAACAAGGAGGAUCUUCAGAAACUGGAGCAGCAGCUCAAAGAGCAUAAGAUCCUAAAUGAAAGAGUAACCAAAGAGCUAGAACAGUUCCAGGUCCGAAACACCAAACUUCUGCAGGAGAAUGAGCAGCACGGCAUCAAUAAUGAACAGCUGGUCCAGGAAAACCAGCAGAAACAACUGGAACUAAAGUCUAGAGAAGAGGAGAUCAGUCAGAUGCGGCAGGAGAUCUCCAAGCUUUCUAAAGUGAGAGAAUCCAUCCAGAGGAAAUACAGACAGAUGGAGGAGCAGAAGACUGAGGUGGAGCAGCAGAGAGAGACGCUGAAAAACCAGAUUACAGGCCUGGAGAGAGAGCUGGAGUCUGCUAAGAAACAAGCUGAGCUGGAAAAGAAAGCCGCCGAGGAACUUGUGAGAGAGCGGGACGUGCUGAACAAGAACCUCCAAAAAGCAGGAAAUGCCACUCAGAAACAGCUUAACCUGGUGAAACUCCACGAGCAGUCCAAGAAGAACCUGGAGGAGGAAAUCAUCAACUACAAGGAGGAGGCGCAGAAACAGAGGAAGAUCAUCUACCAGCUGGAGAAAGAGAGAGACCGCUACAUCAAUGAAGCCAGCGAGCUGACCCAGAAGGUUCUUCAGCACAUGGAGGAUAUCAAAGUACGGGAGAUGCAGAUCUUUGAUUAUAAAAAAAAGAUUGCCGAAGCAGAAACCAAGCUGAAACAACAGCAGAACUUAUACGAAGCCGUGAGAUCGGACAGGAACCUGUACAGCAAGAACCUCAUUGAGGCUCAGGAUGAAAUUACCGAAAUGAAGAGAAAGCUGAAGAUAAUGAACCACCAGGUUGACCAGCUGAAAGAGGAGAUCUCCUCCAAGGAAUCUGCUCUGGUCAAGGUCCAUCUGGAUCACCAGCGUUUAGAGAAGGAAAAGGAGGCUCUGAAGGCUGAGCUGCAGAAGAUGAAACAGCAGAGCAUCGAGGCCAAACAGUUCAUCGAAAACCAAGAGGCCGAAGAGCGGAAACUUUUGAAGAUUAUUUCCGAAGCUGACGCAGAGCGACUCCGGCAGAAGAAGGAGCUGGAUCAGGUUAUCAGUGAGAGAGACAUGUUAGGCACCCAACUGGUCCGGAGAAAUGAUGAGUUGGCUUUGCUGUAUGAGAAGAUCAAGAUCCAUCAGUCCAUCCUGAACAAAGGGGAAAGCCAAUACAAGCAGAGGGUGGAGGACAUCCGACUCCUCAAACUAGAGAUUAAAAAGCUGAGACGAGAGAAAGGAAUCUUGUCUAAGACAGUGGCCAAUGUGGAAGAUCUCAGGCGGGAGGUGUAUCACAUGCAGAAGGAGCUCCUGAAAGAGAGGACGCGCUGCAGAGCCCUGGAGGAGGAGCUGGAGAACCCCAUGAAUGUCCACAGAUGGAGGAGACUGGAGGCCAGUGACCCCAGCAGCUACGAGUUGAUCCAGAAGAUCCACACCCUACAGAAACGUCUCAUCAGCAAGACUGAGGAGGUGGUGGAGAAGGAGCUGCUGCUGCAGGAAAAAGAAAAGCUGUAUGUGGAGCUGAAACACAUUCUGGCUCGGCAACCGGGACCUGAAGCAGCCGAACAGCUUCAGAUUUAUCAACAGACCCUGCGGGAGAAGACCAAGCAACUCAAGGCUCUGUCAUCAGAACUGAAUAUGUACGAGUCCCAGAGCCAAGAAUACAAGUACGAGGUAGAGAGGCUGGCGAAUGAGCUGCAAACCCUGAAGAAAAAAUACCUCGCCCAAAAGCGGAAGGAGCAGCAGGCCAGAGAGAAGGAAAGAAGCAUGGCGGACACGAACACGGCUUUUAUGCACCAGCAACGAUCCGAUGUGCCCCGUUUCACAGGAGGCGGAUUCCCUCUAAGCCACACCCCAAAGAUUACGGUCUGAUGUCCUUAAAUUAUAUCCAGAUCCUCAGUUUGUAGAUUGUUGCUCGGUGUUGAAGGCCGGUUACCAUCCCUACAGAUGUUACAGGGUUGUCUGGUUUAUAAUAUAGUCUGUUAAGUAAAUUGUGGUUUGAUUUGGGAUGGUGGGUGAAAUGUUAAAGGGGAAAAGUACAGUAUGUUUUUUUUUCCUUUGUAUUUUGAUUAAUAAAAAAUAAAAGCUCAAUGCAAAAAAAAAAACAUAUGCAAGUUAUUAAAAACACAUUUUUGGAACACCCUAAAUAACUUGUUACAUAAAAAAUUGGAAAGUCACCAGUAUUUAAGCGUAUCUGUCACCAAAUUAUCUCUGCCUCCGGGUGCCUGUGAGAGGGGGGAUGCAGCUGCAGUAUCUCUUCCUCAGGGUGUCUGUGAGAGGGGGGAUGCAGCUGCAAUAUCUCUCCCUCAUGGUGUCUGUAAGAGGGGGGAUGAAGCUGCCAUCUCUACCUCAGGGUGUCUGUGAGAAGGGGGAUGCAGCUGCCGUAUCUCUCCCUCAG